GCAGUUUACCUUAGUACACGAGAUCGAGAGUGUCCUGAGCUUUAGUUCCGCGACUGCCUGAUAGGCUCUCCCUCCCUUCCACUUGAGUUUCGCACUCCUCAAACUCACAAUAAUCAUAUUUCCCCUAGUAUUAGCAUCAACCGCAACAACACAGAUUCUCUCUCUAUCUUAGGAUAUGGUAAGGAGGAAGAAGAUGAAGCAGUGCUUCACCUUCUUCUUCUCUUCCUCUUGAUUCAUGGCCUCCUCUUCUCAGCACCGCUGCGUUUUCGUUGGGAAUAUACCGUAUGAUGCCACUGAGGAACAGCUUAUAGAAAUCUGCCAGGAGGUUGGGCCUGUUGUCUCUUUUAGGUUGGUUAUUGAUAGAGAGACUGGGAAACCAAAAGGUUAUGGAUUUUGUGAGUACAAGGAUGAAGAGACAGCUUUAAGUGCUAGACGUAAUCUUCAGGGUUACGAGAUCAAUGGUCGGCAAUUGCGAGUUGAUUUUGCUGAAAAUGACAAAGGCACUGACAAAAAUCGGGAACAGGGUCGCGGUGGACCUGGAGUGACCACAAAUGUUGACCCUCAAAAGCAAGUUGGAGGCCCAGCGGUUCAUGGUGAUCCUCUUCAUAAUCAGCCAAUUGGUCUCCAUAUAGCAAUAACUGCAGCAGCCGUUAUGGCAGGAGCUCUAGGUGGUCCUCAGGCUGUUUUGCAGUCAAAUCAAAAUGGUUUGCAUAAUCAAUCUGCAUUAGCCAAUGAUCCUUUGACACUUCAUCUAGCCAAAAUGUCUAGGAGUCAAUUGACUCAAAUUAUCUCGGAGGUCAAGGGAAUGGCUGUACAAAACAAGGAACUAGCUCAGAAGCUAUUUCUUGCAAGGCCUCAGUUGCCAAAAGCUCUGUUUCAGGCACAAAUAAUGCUUGGAAUGGUGACCCCACAAAUGUUGCAGAUGGUAAAUAUCAGGCAAGCUUCAGGCCAGCCCUCACAGUCUCUAUUCAAUCAGGGCCAACAGGUUCCGUCACAUGCUGUUCAAAAUAUUGCUGAUCUAGCCCCUCCUGCUGAGAACAGGUUGCAGUCUGGGCUGAUGCCCAAAAUGCAGGACAGCCCCUUUUCUUCUGGGCCUCAAAAUUUAUUGGUUCAUAGCCAGUUUCCUGCACCCCGACAACAAAACGUGCAGCCUCGAAUGCAGCUUCCACAACAUGCAAACCACAAUGUUUUGCAACACGCCACACUGCUAGGGCAAGCUGGAAUUCCAACACUUCCUCCCAUGCACCCACAGUCCUCAAGCGGUUUGUCCAUCCGACCACAAACUCAGGUUGCCAGUUCUUCCGUAUUAAACCAGAAAAUGCAACCUCCUUUGUCACAACACCCUGGUCAGGUCGGGGUUUCACAUUUGGGACAUAACACUCGUAUAAUUCAUCAAAAUGCUACUGUACAAGAGUCUACUUUAUCUCGUCCUUUUUCCGAUGCCAUCUUUCAGCCUGGUCCCUCAAUAUCUAAGGGUGUCAUACAGUCCAUGAACAAGGAUGCUGAUAAGUCUUCUCGAGUGGUUGCUGAUUCUUCAGAAUCAGUCACUCGCCCUUCAAAACUAAUGAAGUUGGACGAUGGAAGGAACACCCUUUUGUCGGCAGGGGGUCUCAAUGUUUCAAAUGCUAAUGUUCUUGGAGUGGGAUUGUUGCCUGGAAAGAGUGUUCACAAAUCAUCAGAUGUAUACUCUGAGAAACAAAUUUCUGAGCCUCAGAUUCCACCUGAGGUGGACUCUGCUUUACUGCAACAAGUUUUGAGCCUGCCACCUGAAAAAUUAAGCUUGUUGCCACCGGAACAGCGAGAAGAAGUCAUUAAGCUGCAGCAGAGGUUUCGGCAAAUUCAGCCAUCUUAGCAGUCAGGGUCAUAAACCUGCUUAUUUAAUGCAGCAAUUUGUUACAUGGGGAGGCCGAGGCACUAACUUGCUUUCCAUAACAAAUAGCAGUAUUAUUCUUGUACCAAAGGAAGCAAAAAAGCUUGCUAUUCAUUCAAUCAAAUCUGAUUGCUUGUAACAUUAUAUCACAUAAGAGUCGGAUCAGAGAAUCUGCAGAGCAUAAGGUCUAUUUGAUUCAUGCAGUGUAUACAAGGUUGUGUUAAUAUAGUCGGUAAAUUGGGUAGAAUAGGAAAAUUUUGUUUAUUUCCUGUCAUAGCACUUGACAUGCUCAUGUAUGGCCUGAGGUACAGAUGAAAGAAAGACAAGACUUUUCUUCAUUUGCUGUGUUGUUGGUGCGGGCUUGUCCAGACUUGUUGCGUUAUGUAUGUCUAUUUCCAUGUUCAGGAUAAUGUGGAUUGUUACUUUGUUAGGCUUCCCUAAUUAAUCUUUGUUGAACUGGAUGUUUUGUUUUUACUAUUCAACAAUAAAUUUUAUUUUAUUUAUG